AUGACUUCUGUGUUUCGAAGUGAGGAGAUGUGCUUGUCACAGCUCUUUCUCCAGGUGGAGGCUGCCUACUGCUGUGUGGCUGAGCUGGGAGAACUUGGACUAGUUCAGUUCAAAGAUUUAAAUGCGAACGUGAACAGCUUCCAAAGGAAAUUUGUGAAUGAAGUGAGAAGAUGUGAGUCCCUGGAGCGGAUUCUCCGUUUUCUUGAAAAUGAGAUGGAAGAUGAGAUUGCGAUCCAACCAUCAGAGAAGGUCCCUCCAACCCCUCUACCUCGAGAAAUGAUUGCCUUGGAGACUGUUCUAGAAAAACUGGAAGGAGAGUUGCAGGAAGCCAGCCAGAACCAACAGGCCUUGAAGAAAAGUUUCUUAGAAUUAACUGAGCUCAAAUAUCUCCUAAAGAAGACCCAAGACUUCUUUGAGACAGAGGCCAACUUAGCAGAUGACUUCUUUAUUGAAGACACUUCCGGUCUCCUGGAGUUAAGAACAAUGCCUGCAUAUAUGACUGGAAAGCUGGGGUUCACGGCUGGUGUGAUCAACAGGGAGAGGAUGGCCUCCUUCGAGAGGCUUCUCUGGCGAGUGUGCCGAGGAAAUGUGUACCUGAAGUUCAGUGAGAUGAAUGUGGUGCUGGAAGACCCUGUGACGAAAGAAGAACUCAAGAAGAAUAUCUUCAUCAUAUUUUAUCAAGGAGAGCAACUCAGGAAGAAAAUCAAGAAGAUUUGUGAUGGGUUUCGCGCCACCAUCUAUCCCUGCCCUGAGCCAGCAGCGGAGCGCAGAGACAUCCUGGCUGGAGUCACAGUGCGGCUGGAAGAUCUAAUCACGGUCAUUACGCAAACAGAGUCACACCGACAGCGCCUCCUGCAGGAAGCGGCCGCCAACUGGCAUUCCUGGGCCAUCAAAGUGCAGAAGAUGAAGGCCAUCUACCACGUCCUCAACAUGUGCAACAUAGAUGUCACCCAGCAGUGCAUCAUCGCUGAGAUCUGGUUCCCGGUGGUGGACACAGCACGCAUCAAGAAGGCCUUAGAGCAAGGCAUGGAAAUGAGCGGCUCCUCCAUGGCCCCCAUCCUGACUGCAGUACAGACGAAAGCAGAUCCUCCUACCUUUAACCGGACCAAUAAAUUCACUGCAGGCUUCCAGAAUAUCGUCGAUGCAUAUGGCGUGGGCAGUUACCGGGAGAUAAACCCAGCUCCCUACACCAUCAUCACCUUCCCCUUCCUGUUUGCCGUGAUGUUUGGAGACUGUGGGCAUGGAACUGUGAUGCUCCUGGCUGCACUGUGGAUGGUGCUGAAUGAGAGGCAGCUACUAGCCCAGAAAUCCAACAACGAGAUCUGGAACACCUUCUUCCACGGACGCUAUCUGAUCCUGCUCAUGGGGAUCUUCUCCAUCUACACGGGCCUCAUUUACAACGACUGCUUCUCCAAGUCUCUCAACAUCUUCGGCUCUUCCUGGAGUGUCCGGCCCAUGUUCCGAAAUGGCUCCUGGAACAUGCAUGACUUGGAAUCCAACCAGUAUUUGCAGCUGAAUCCAGCUGUGCCUGGGGUGUACUCCGGAAAUCCAUACCCUUUUGGGAUUGAUCCGAUUUGGAACUUGGCAACAAACAAGCUCACCUUUUGGAACUCUUAUAAGAUGGAAGAUGUCUGUUGUCCUGGAAUUGUUCACAUGGUUUUUGGAGUUAUUUCUCGAGCCUUUUCAAUCAUAUUAUAUUUCAGGAGAUUUAUAUCAAGCAUCAUCCUGCAAUUCAUCCCUGAGAAUUUUAUUUUGUGCCUGUUCGGAUACCUGGUCUUCAUGAUCCUUUUUCAAAUGGGUGGUCACUAUGAUGUUUAUAUGUCCCAACAUGCCCCCAGCAUCUCAUCCACUUUAUCAACAUGUUUUCUAUUUAACUAUAACGACCCUUCCAAUGGACCCCUCUACUCACAUCAGCAAGAAGUCCAAAGUUUCUUAGUUGUUAUGGCUUUGAUUUCGGUGCCCUGGAUGCUUUUGAUCAAGCCUUUUAUUCUUAGAGCCAAUCAUCGGAAAUCCCAGCUACAAGCAUCUGUGAUGGAGGAGGAUACCACGGAGGGCAGGGAGAGCGACCAUUCCAGCCCCAUGAACUCAGCUCAGAAAACCUCAGCAGAUGCCCACAGGGACCAGGACAACGAGCACGAAGGAGAGUUCAACCUUUGGAGACGUCUUGUGCAUCAAGCUAUCCACACAGUUGAGUACAGUCUGGGCUGUAUUUCACACACAGCUUCUUACCUGCGGCUUUGGGGCCCUCAGCCUGGCCCCAUGCACGGAGUGAAGCUGCCCCUGGGGGGUCCAAAACUGUCUGAAGUGCUCUGGACCGUGGUGAUGAACAUUGGCCUCAGCCAGCGGGGUUGGGGGAGGACUCGUUGGGUCUUCAUUAUUUUUGCCAUCUUUGCUGUGUUAACAGUGGCCAUCCUUCUUGUCAUGGAGGGUCUCUCUGCAUUCCUGCAUGCUCUGCGGUUGCACUGGGUAGAGUUCCAGAACAAGUUCUAUGCUGGAGCUGGCUACAAGUUUUCUCCCUUCUCCUUCAAACUCAUCCUGGAUAAGACUGAGGAGGAGGAAUAGCUGCACGGAGAGGAGUGGUCAGUCUUGCCUUUUAUGCCUGCUCAUCAAUGAAUGAUUGUUCUCCGUGGACUGGAGGCAGGAAGUCACGUCUUACUAGAAUAAGCCGGAGGAUUUGAUAGGA